GCGUAGAAAGGAACACAGAACACACUGAGCGUGUGCCAUGAAUUGGAUGUUUGUGUUUUAUGUGUGAUUUUGUUGAUUUUCCCGACAAAUUAAAAGCGAUGUCUCGUCAAGAGUUGAUCUCCGAGCAAGAUAAUUUUAAAACAGUGAAAGAAAGUGAGAUUUGCGUGUGUUGCUUGUCAAAAAACGUCGGUUUCGUAAGUUUGACAACAUGUAAACACUACAGUUUGUUCGAGAGUCUCAUCAACUUCGAGUUUCAAUAUGACAACUUAGUGAUUUGCCGCCGUUGUCACCAUUUUUUGAAUAAAAUAGACCUAUUUAAAGAACAAGUCGAAGAAUGUCUGGAAAUUGUACUAAAGAGUCAACAGCUUCCGCUUGCAGCUCCGUCAAAAAGAUUCCAAAAUUUUAUCUGUUCACGCACAGAACAAUACACUACCUUCAAUGAUAACAUUAUCGUGAAAAUUGAGCCUUUGAUUGACCACAAUCAAACAUUAGAAGUCCACCAACCAUUACAGUAUGAUUUAAAUACAGAUGUAAAAAUUGAAAACGACAGCUCGGAUCUCGAAGUCGACGUGCCUUUGUCUGAAAUAAGAAAAGAUGAAGAGAAAAGAACUAAGAAGAAAAAAAGGAAAAAGGUGCCAGAAGUUGCUGUGCCAAAAAAAUCUAAUACCGAAAUUAAAAAUUUGGGAGAUAAGUACGAUGGAAAGAUUGCUAUUGUGAAUUUGGACAGAGAGGAGGUGAUGUUGGAAAGAGAAAGAGAAGCUAGAAAAGAGUCGUACUUAAAAUUGCCUUUCAAAUGCGAGGACUGUAUAACUGGGUUUGAUCACGAAAUAAAUUUGAAUGAACACAUGGAAAAACGCCAUGGAAAGAAAAAGGGCGGCUACGUGUGCGAUAUAUGCAAAUCAAAUCUAAGCACUUUGCCAUCCUACAAGGAACACUUAAAGCGACACUCCAGAAGAUACGAGUGCCUGGACUGUGGUAAAAGGUACAACAACGUGUACUCAGUGGUGAAACACUACAAUGACACCCACGGCGGCGUCAUAGAGACCACGUACACUUGCCACGAGUGCGGGUUCACAACUGAGUCGCACCGCGGCUUCCGCUACCACCGCGACAAGCACAAGCAGAAGGUGUCCUGCAAUAUCUGUGGCAGCACCUUCGUAGCGCCCGCGGGGCUUAAGGUGCACAUGUACACAGUGCACAAGCAAUCCAGCCGAGUAUAUUCAUGUGAGAUUUGCAAUAAAGUGUACAACGCGAAAUCGGGUCUGGUCGGGCAUAUGACGGCGGUUCACUCUACAUCCUAUAGUGCGUACUGCACCAAGUGUUGCAAGUAUUUCCGCACCGACCAAGGCUUGGCGCACCAUUUGAAGACGCACUCCGCGCAUAUCUCGGAUAAAGACAAAAGAUUCAAAUGCAGCGAGUGCGACGCGAAGUUCUUAAAUAAAUCUACUUUGCAAGAGCACACUGACUUUGUGCAUCUCAAAAACAUGAAGCACGAGUGCUCGGAUUGUCAGAAGGUGUUCAAAAACGCUUCUGCUUUGAAGAGGCACUGCGACUUCGUUCACAAAAAAAUUCGCCCACCUAGAAACCAUAUUUGCGAUCACUGCGGCAGGGGAUUCUUUACGCUGGCCAUCCUCCAGGCUCAUAUCCGGACGCAUACUGGCGAGCGUCCGCUACAGUGUCCGAAGUGUCCGGCAACGUUUGCACACUCCGCUGCGCUCUAUACACAUAACAAACUACUGCACAGUGGUGCUAAGGCUCAAAACUGAUAGCAAUGCGGUGAUUGACAUCAGUUGAUACAAAGAGAAUAAUAAUAUUUACAGUCAGCAUCAUAUAGUUCGUGACACCCAAAGUGGUAAAAAGUUGACUACACAACCUUAUUCCAAUUGUAACAA